AUGGGAUACUCAUCUCUCUCAUCGAUAUUACUUAUCUUAGCAAUUACUUCUUAUUUUGCCUAGCCAGUGCAAGGCAAUGUCAUUGGUUUUGACUUUGGAUCUACAUUCUUUAAGAUUACUUUGGUUAAACCAGGUCAACCAUUUACCAUUGUUGAAAACACGGCAACAAAGAGAAAGACUGAGACUUGGCUCACUAUCACAUCAGAGGAAAGAUAUUUCGGUGUCGAUUCAUUGACUGAAAGCACAAAGCACCCUAAAACAUCUUUCUCUCAACUCCAUAGAUUCGUCGGCCAAGAAUAUGACUCUCAAAAAAUCGAUGAAAUGACAAAAAGUAGAUUCUUAGUCAAUGAAUUCGCUGAAGAUGAUAGAGGACUAGUUGGCUGGAAACUAACUAAAAAGUUUGAUAAUGGAACUGAAGAGGAUAGUAUUAUGUAUACUGAAGAAUUGAUCGCUUAGUUACUUAAAUACGGAAGACAGAUGUCUGAGAAGUAGGCUGGAGGUACCAUUAAGGAUUGUGUCAUUACAAUCCCAUCAUACUAUACUCCCUCUUAAAGAAGGAUGAUUCUUGAUUCAGCUGAUAUUGCAGGACUCUCAGUCCUUUAGCUAUUACAUGAAAAUACUGCAGCUGCUACAAUGUUUGGUAUUGAUAGACUAGACACUGAAAAGCCCCUAACUGUAUUAUUCUAUAAUAUGGGAGGUAUGGACACAGAAGUUUCAGUGGUAAGAUACUCCGCUAUCACUGAAACGCCUUCAAACAAGUCUUAUGAACACAUUGAAAUCUUAGCCGAGUCUUAUGAUAAAGAAUUAGGAGGAUAGGAUUUUGACUUAGUUUUACUUAACAUGAUUGCUGAUAGAUUCAACAAUUUAAAAGAAAGAAAAGGCAAAGCUGAUAUCAGAACUAAUGAUAAGGCAAUCAAGAGAUUAAUGAAAGAAGUUAUCAAGAUUAAAGACAUUCUCUCAGCCAAUAAGUAGAACUAAAUCAAGAUUGGAGAACUAUAGGAUUAUGUAAGUCUAUUGACUACUAUUGAGAGAAAAGAGUUUGAAGAUGCUUCAUAACAUCUAUUCGAUAGAGUUAUGGCUCCAGUAUAAGAAGUUUUAGAGAAGGCAGGACUUACUAUUGAGGAUAUUGAUCAAGUUGAAUUACUUGGAGGAGGUAUUAGAAUUCCUAAAAUUCAAGAAUUGAUUUAAACUACAUUGAAAAAGAGUGAACUUGGUGUUCAUCUAAAUGGUGAUGAAGCUAUGUGUUUUGGUAGUGCAUUCAUAGCCUCCAACAGUUCUGCAUCAUUCAAGGUUAGAAAGGUGUAUCUAACAGUUCACCCCUAAACAUAAUUCUCUAUCCAUAUCACUCCUCUAAACACAACUAAAUCAGAGGGAUCAACUUAGUAAUAAGACUAGAAUGAAUAAAUUGAGGAUAAUGAAGAUGGGGAAUCUGAAUAAGGUGCUACACCCAAUCAAUAAAUUGUCUCCUAUGAAAAAAAUUACAUAUUGUACAAAAAGUCAGAUUACCUUGGUUAAAAGAAGAGUUUGAGUUUGACUUAUGACACAGAUAUGAAGAUUGAUAUUUAUGCUGAAGAUGGUGAUCAAAAGACAAAGGUCGCUACUUUCACAGUUUAAGAAAUAGAUAGAGUUGCAUAAACUGCAGCAUUAUAAAAUGGAACUACUCUACCAAAGGUUGCUUUAAGUUUCGAACUCACAAGAUCAGGAUUAAUUCAACUUAAUAAAGCUGAAGCUAAAGUAGAGGAGACUUACACUGUCUAAGAGAAAGUACCAACUCCAAAAUCAGCAAAGAACAAGACAAAAUCAGUUCCUACAGCAGCAUAAUCAUCUAAUGAUACUUCCAAUACCACUGAAUCAGCAGCUGAGGGAGCCAAUACCACCUCAUCAGAAGAAGUUGAAGAGCCUGUCAAGCCAACUGAACCUUAAUAUGUUACAAAAACAAAGAAGAGAACAAUCCCAUUCCCUCUUAGCAAGAUUGAUAGAGAAUACUAUGGUAUUCAAAGUCUUAGUAAUGAUCAACUUAGAACUGCUAGAGAGAGACUUAGAUGGUUCGAAAAGAGAGAUGAAGACAAGGCAAAGACUGAUAAAGCAAAGAAUGAUUUCGAGAGUGUUAUCUAUUCCCUUAGAGAUUGGGUAAAUGAAGAUGAAAAUGUGCCUUUUGUUGGAACUGGCAAAAUUGAUGAAAUCAUGCAAUUACUAAGAGACGCUGAAGAUUGGCUAGAAAAUGAUGGCUAUUCUGCCAAGUAUGGUGAAUACAUUACUAGAUUCAGUGAAUUGAAUACUAAGUACAAUCAAGUCAAAAUGAGAAAGGAUGAAUUUAACAAUAGAGAUGGCGCAGUUACUCUAGCUAAGUCAAAGCUUGAAAGCUUCCUCGAUAAGAUUGAAGAUUUAAAGCUGAAGAAAACUUGGAUCACUGAAGAUCAAAGACAAGAUUUGAUUGAUAAGGUCAAUGACACUCUAAAAUGGUUAGAAGAGUAACUUGAAAACCAAAAGGAAAAAGCUAUUGAUGAGGACCCUGCAUUUAAAAUCUCAGAACUUGAGACCAAGGUUAAGAGAGUUGACCAACUUUAUGACAGACUUAAGGCUAUCCCCAAGCCUAAAGAUACUACAACUGGUAAGAAAAAGAAGAAGAAGCUUCCUAAAAACAUUAAGAUUGAUAACAUGACAUUCGAUGGAAACUCAGGAAUGAACAUUGAAGACCUAAUUAAUAUUCAAGGUGGAUAUGAAGAAGAAGAUGAAGAAGAGACUACUCAGGAGCAACAGCAAAAGCAAGAACAAUCUCAAGACCAAUAAAAAGAGUAAACAAGCAAUGAGUAAAGUGAUAAGAAGCCCUAUGAUGCAUCUGAGGAGGAUCUUUGA